GCUUCCGACAGCCGGCACCCAGCCCAGUCAGACAUGGACUCCCAGGACUGCCCUUGCGCCACGGGUGGCACCUGCACCUGCGGGGACAACUGCAAAUGCAAAAACUGCAAAUGCACAUCAUGCAAAAAAGGCUGCUGCUCCUGCUGCCCGGCGGGAUGUGCCAAGUGUGCGCAGGGCUGCGUCUGCAAGGGGCCCCCCUCCGCCAAGUGCAGCUGCUGCAAAUAGGGACCCCCAGCUGCACAUCUGGGGGUGCUGCACAUCUGGGGGGCCGAAGAAGAAUAACCUUAUUGUGUAUGUUGGUUUUUUUUCUUAUAUAUGUUCAGAUAUCUUUAGUGUUUGUCAUGUGCAACGUGUAAUAAGCUACCUAAAUAAAGUGAUGUGUAUAUAAAG